GAGGAUUUAAUGGAGAAAUCCCAAAGUGAGCCGGGGUGCUCGGUGGAGGAGGGACAGGCGGCCAGGGAGGAAGCUGGAGCCCGCCUGCCGGGAGCCCUGGGCCAGCUGGGGCCCCGUGGCCGCACUCCCUUUGACACCCUGCUGCUGCCGGCUGCAGGGGGCAGGGCAUUGCUCCCAGCCUGAGGUGCUGGGAGCCAGGAGCAGCUAUCCAGGUGACUAAGCCGGCCCACGGGCACUGAGUCACCCGCUGGCCUGGAGAUUUCUUCCUUCCCUUUUGCAUCUGAUUAUUUUGGGAGCUGGAAACUUGGAGCUGCACCUGGGUCCCGCCCCUUCCAGCUCUCCCCUCCCUACCUGGGGCUCCACGGAAGAUGGGACCUGCCACAAGCCUGCCGCCACCCCCUAAGGAUAUGGAAGAUGCUGUGAGGGCCCGAGGUGCCCAGGGAGAGACAUCAGUCGGCAAAGUGCAAUAGCGGAUAAGGUGAUGAGGCGGCCUGUCCUCUGGAGGUGUCGGGAGAGAAGGGGAGUCUGGUCCAGCCGACCAGAGUCCUCCUGCCCGGCUUUGAACACACCUCCUACAAGAUAUUUCCAUAAAUGAGUGGCUCCUAGGGUCAGAGUGGCACUUGGAGAUCGAGGCUGGAUUGGCUUAGGCUGGCCUGGGGAAGGGAGUGCCGCUUCCUGAGCUAGAGACAAGGAGCGGCCUGCGGUGGGGAGCCCGGGGCCCAGCUGCCCAAGGACAGCUCAGGCCUCGGAGGACUGGCCCUGGAAGGUGCCAGGCCUUCCCUUUCCUCGGUGCCUGAAAGCUCUGCCCUCUAAAGAGUGAGGAGUUGGGAGAAAGAAGAGGCCGGGAAGGCGGCCCAGAGGCGCCAUGUUCCGCAAGAAAAAGAAGAAACGCCCCGAGAUCUCGGCCCCACAGAACUUCCAGCACCGCGUGCACACCUCCUUCGACCCCAAAGAAGGCAAGUUCGUGGGCCUCCCCCCACAAUGGCAGAACAUCCUGGACACGCUGCGGCGACCCAAGCCCGUGGUGGACCCUUCACGCAUUACCCGGGUGCAGCUCCAGCCCAUGAAGACGGUGGUGCGGGGCAGCUCGGUGCCUACAGAUGGCUACAUCUCCGGGCUGCUCAACGACAUCCAGAAGUUGUCGGUCAUCAGUUCCAACACCCUGCGCGGCCGCAGCCCCACCAGCCGGCGGCGGGCACAGUCCCUGGGGCUGCUGGGGGAUGAGCAGUGGGCCACUGACCCGGACAUGUACCUUCAGAGCCCCCAGUCUGAGCGCAGCGACCCCCACGGACUCUACCUCAGCUGCAACGGGGGUGCACCAGCAGGACGCAGGCAGGUGCCGUGGCCCGAGCUGCAGAGCCCACGGGUCCUUCCCAAUGGACUGGCCGCCAAAACACAGUCCCUGGGCCCUGCCGAGUUCCAGGGUGCCACACAGCGCUGCCUGCAGCUGGGCACCUGUCUGCAGAGUUCCCCAACCGGAACCUCACCCCCCACGGCCACGGGCAGGCGUGGGACCAAGACUGCCAGACAUGGCCCCGAGGAGGCCCGGCCACAGUCCUGCCUGGUGGGCUCAGCGGCGAGCAGGCCUGGCGGGGAGGGCAGCCCCAGCCCUAAGACCCAGGAGAGCAGCCUGAAGCGCAGGCUGUUCCGAAGCAUGUUCCUGUCUGCUCCUGCCACGGCCCCUCCAAGCAUCAGCAAGCCAGGCCCUCCAGCGCAGAGCAAGCCCAGCUCCUCCUUCAGACCGGCACUGAAAGGCGGCCCCCCCAGCCUGGUGGCCAAGGCCCAGUCCUUGCCCUCAGACCAGCCCGUGGGGCCUUUCAGCCCUCUGACCGCCUCGGAUACCAGCAGCCCUCAGAAGUCCCUCCGCGCGGCCCCAGCCGCCGGCGCUCCUCCAGGCCGGUCUUCCCCGGCGGGGUCGCCCCGCACCCGGCAUGCCCAGAUCAGCACCAGCAACCUGUACUUGCCCCAAGACCCCGCGGUGGCCAAGGGCGCCCUGGCUGGCGAGGACACGGGCGUCGUGACGCACGAGCAGUUCAAGGCUGCGCUCAGGAUGGUGGUGGACCAGGGUGACCCGCGGCUGCUGCUGGACAGCUACGUGAAGAUUGGCGAGGGCUCCACGGGCAUCGUCUGCCUGGCCCGGGAGAAGCACUCGGGCCGCCAGGUGGCCGUCAAGAUGAUGGACCUCAGGAAGCAGCAGCGCAGGGAGCUGCUCUUCAACGAGGUGGUGAUCAUGCGGGACUACCAGCACCUCAACGUGGUGGAGAUGUACAAGAGCUACCUGGUGGGCGAGGAGCUGUGGGUGCUUAUGGAGUUCCUGCAGGGCGGCGCCCUCACGGACAUCGUCUCCCAAGUCAGGCUGAAUGAGGAGCAGAUCGCCACCGUGUGCGAGGCUGUGCUGCAGGCCCUGGCUUACCUGCACGCCCAGGGUGUCAUCCACCGGGACAUCAAGAGCGACUCCAUCCUGCUGACUCUCGACGGCAGGGUGAAACUCUCGGACUUCGGGUUCUGUGCACAGAUCAGCAAAGAUGUCCCUAAGAGGAAGUCCCUGGUGGGAACCCCGUACUGGAUGGCUCCAGAAGUGAUCUCCAGGUCUCUGUAUGCAACUGAGGUAGAUAUCUGGUCUCUGGGCAUCAUGGUGAUUGAGAUGGUGGAUGGAGAGCCACCCUACUUCAGUGACUCCCCAGUGCAAGCCAUGAAGAGGCUCCGGGACAGCCCCCCACCCAAGCUGAAGAACUCUCACAAGGUCUCCCCCGUGCUGCGAGACUUCCUGGACCGGAUGCUGGUGCGGGACCCCCAGGAGAGAGCCACAGCCCAGGAGCUCCUGGACCACCCCUUCCUGCUACAGACCGGGCUGCCCGAGUGCCUGGUGCCCUUGAUCCAGCUCUACCGCAAGCAGACCUCCACCUGCUGAGCCCGGCCCCAGAACGCGCCUGCCACCUGUGCCCACAGGCAGGGGACACUGGGCCGCCAGCUUGCCAACAGGCCUGCCUGCCUGCCUGCCUCACUCUCUCAGUAUUCUCUCCAAAGAUUGAAUGUGAAGCCCCCAACCUACCCUCCUGCCCCUCAGCCCACUGGGCCAGGCCGGACCUGCCCCUCGGUCACUCUCCCUCCCAGGAGUCCCCAGUUGCCUUUGGGAUGAUGGAGACCCCUUCUGCGGGAUGACCCUUUGUUAUUUGCACAGGGAUAUUUCUAUGAAACAUGGAGACCAGCGCUUCUGGCCACGGCGGCCAACACAGCAGAAAAGGCUGCUGUGGUUCUUUUUUAUAUAUAUAUAACGGUAGUUGUAAACGAGCAUCCCAGGUCACCCAAGAGGCAGACUGCCUGUCUUCACUAGGAUGCUUGCUGUUCUCAGCUCCAGCUCCAAACCCUGGGGUCUAAGAGGGCCACGGGGAAGGCGUUUAUUGCCCAAAUCCAUCUUCCUCCCUUUGUGUCUGACUUCCUGAAGUUGCAGUUCCACCUACACUGGCUUCCUGUCCCACCUGUGAUGACAACAUGCCCCUAGCACAGCCAGCACCUGAGUGUGAACAGCCUGCUCGAAGGACAUGGGUGAGGGAGGGGCAUUUUCUGGGUGAAAGAGGAAGGAGGCAACUAGCAGUGAAGGUGGUCUCCCUUGACAGGGUGUGCGUGUGGUCGGGGGGGAAGGCCACCCACAGCUGGCUUCGGUUAGGCUUCUCCAUCUUUUCUCCCACUGAGUUCUGCUCUGAAGGCAAUCUGCCUGGCUUCCUAUCACUUAAGUCCCAGGUUUCUACCUGACCAAUGAAGAGGUCUAUAUUGUCAAACAUAUCCCAGGUGCUUGGCAGUUUUCUCCUGUACCGUGGAGUCUGAGAGCCAGGGACCAGUAUAGUGAGAGAACAGGCUUUGUGAGCUUCAUCUCAACAACCAAGUCAUCAGGGACCCGCUCCUUUUGUGUAUGCACGGGGGACCGGUUCAUUUCAAAAUCCUGGUCUGGGGGAGGUGAACCAACUCCCAGGGUCCAUCAUGUCACUGGAGUGGGCACCCCACCUGUGCAGACCACCCACCCCUAACUCCUCCUCAUACACCUGUCUCCUUGUCCUCCCAGCCUUCAGGGCUGUUGUGAGACAGGGAAUCCCAGGGAAGAACUCCAGGUGUCUGGACCCUAUCUAGAUAAUAUUUUUAGAUUCCUCUGUCCCUAGAGCCCUGCUUUGGGGCUAAAAGAAAAAAUUGCAAGAACUUUUUUUUAAGGGUCAGAGUUUUAAAAAACAAAAGCAUCUUCCCUUUUGUGAAUUGUUUGCACUUGUGCCUGUUUUAAAUUAAACUGAGUGUUCAAAA